AUGUCUGAAGAAAAACCUUUCUUAAAAACGGGUGAUGAAGAUCAACACAUCACUGUAUUAAGUACUUCCGAAGUGGAACCAUCCCACCAGGAUACAUACAAUGUUAAUAAUGAGGCCGAUCCUGAGGAGCGUAAGGACAAGAAAGAAGAUAUUCAUGAGGCUGAAGAUAGGACACUUAAGAUUAGAAAGGAUAAAACUGAGGACAAACGUGAAAAGCAAUCAAAAUCUGCAAAAAAUAAGAGCAAGCGAGGGCAGGCUCAGGAGGCUGAAGAAGAGGAGAGUGUCCAAGUACUUAAUGUCGAAGAGGAAUUGGCCAAAACUGGACGGGUUCAUCGAAUAACACCGAAGCUGACUCAAUUGGAGUUGCCUUCAGAAGAAGGAUACAAAUUAGAUAAAAUGGUCUCGAAGCCAUUCAUUCAAGCAAACUCGUUUCUGCCUGAGAAUAUGCUUUCACUUUACCACUCAUUUGGCUAUGAUGCUAAGAGACGUGAUAACAUACGAAUUUUGGCUCAUAAUACAAUAUGCUUUAUAGCCGGCAACUAUGUGCAGAUAAUCGUUUUGGACUCUGGUUCUCAGACCUUCAUCCGCUCGAUUAGUGGAGAGGGCAUCGGUGCAUACGCAGUGCAUCAGAUGCUUGGACUUAUUGCAGUAGCAGAGAAAGGAAAUUUUCCAUACAUCUGCAUCUAUAAGUACCCAUCGCUUCAGCUUUAUCGAAUUCUUCGAGAAGGUACACAACGUGCUUACUCGUACUGCCAGUUUAGGUGA